AUGGAAUCAGACACCCCUGAGAAGGACCCAAAAUCCAAGCUCGCCGACGGCAUUCUUGACACCGGAAAACGGGCGUUUGACCCUUCCGCCGAUGCCGCUUCGAAAGAAGCCGCCCAAAGAGAGUUCCAGGAGCUCAUCGAUGGGAACGGCGCUUGGAACCUUUUGCCGGUGUUGAAUGCUCUCAUUAAGCCUAACAUUGCGCCGUCAUGGCUCCGCCCCGAGCUGAUGAAGAUCUUGACGCUGAUCCCGUUGCGACCGGACGGCGUGCGAGGAACCAUGGAAUUCGUCUUUUCUGUGCAUCCCAGCAGUACACUCAAAGCCUCAGAGGCUGCGGCUCCUCAGAAACGGGGCGCCAACAUCACGCAAGAAGCCAUGGCCGUUGUGACUCGCAUCAUUACAUCGCCCCCCACUAUUGUGUCUCCAGAAGAUUGGUUCUCGGCAGUUGCACCUCAGCUCAUCGUUUUGUUGGACGGCAAAGAAGGUCCGGAACUGACAACAGCUGCGGCUCAGAUUAUUAUGUUUGGCGUGUUAGGAAGGAAACAAUUUGGAGCACCCGGGUCUCCUGGUUGGAACGCCUUUGUCGAGCCGCUGUUGCGCAAUCUGAAUCCAUCUCGAAAAGGUAGCACUGUGAUUAAGAAAGACGACUCUGACAUUGUCGACCUCAAGAUCAAGCAAGAGGACAAGGACGUAGUCGAUUUGAGUGGAAGGGCGGCUCUCGUCACUGCGGACGACUUGUUUGUCACUUUCAAGCGCCUAUCGUGCCUAAUCAACUCAACGCCAUAUCCCGCACAAACAAGACGGAUGCUUGAUCCUGUUCUGCUCCAACUAUGGGCGGUCUCCUGCUGGGGCGACACCAGCCCGAAAACGGAAGAACGGUAUUCGAAGCCAGCACGUUCGCUGCUUCACACCUUUUUGAAACUGGGUGCUUCUAUCACCAAGCUUCAUCUUAUCAUUGAAAACCUCGUUUACCGUGGAGAAACGGCCGAAGGCAGCAUCAAAUGGCAAUAUCAGGCCACAUCCGAUGGAGACCUGCAAAUCAUUGCGACUCCACUCGGUCAAGGCUCGCAACUUCCAGAACUCAACUGGGGAGAGAUCCAAAAGCGAUCGUCUGCUCUCGUCAGACUCAUGACGGCGAGCUGCACUCCAGAAGAGAUAUCCUUAUUCUUCUUGGAGUUGUUGAGCCGGUGGUUCCAGUCGACCACGGUUGCAAAGAAGGCAGAGGUCUUGUUCAAGUCCGAGGAGGGAGAGAGUAGUGAAGAGAUCAAGAAGCUUCUGGAGAUCACAGUAUUGCAGAAGAUGCUGGAACAAGCCCCAGACAAGCUCAUCAGCCGCGUGACGCAAGUGCUCGAGCUUGUGUGCCAGAUCCUGGAUCCGGCCAGCCUUCAAGAUCAUCCCGACGACAUAAUCGCUGUUGCUCUGAGUUUGCUGAAUCUAGUCAUCACCGCACCAGGCUUUAAGAAGUCGAUUCUCAAACCUGAAGCUUCCGAGACGCUGGAAAAGGCUCUCGAUCAACUGGGCAACGCAGGACGACCGGAUGUUUCCCCUACCGCAAAGAACCUAGCUCUCCUACUUCAGUAUCGCGACGCCAUCGAUCCAGAUGAGGAAGACGCGUUCGUGCCCAACGACAAGCAGAUUGAAGAGAGGAAAACGUACAAGCUUGCUUUAGAGUACAUAACCCAGGCAGAUAACCCGCCUCCAGUACGUUCCGAAGGCCUCAACCUCCUCUCAGGUUUAGUGGCUUCGAACAGCUCGAUUCUCGACAUUCAGUCAACACUCGUACUUCUCUCGUCACUGCUGCAAGAUAGCGAGGACUUCAUAAACCUACGAGUCAUCAAGCUCUUUACGCAAUUGGCAAACAAACACCCGAAGGUAGCCACACAGGAGAUCCUAGAGCACUACCUGGACGCCAAGGAGACGUCAACAACCGAUAUUCGUUUACGCUUUGGAGAGGCGCUACUCCAAGUGAUUGAGCGCCUCGGUGAAACGUUCACUGGAGAUGUUGCAAAGAGGGUCUCUCAGACGCUUCUGUCAAUCGCUGGAAGAAGGGGCCAUCGACCGAAAACGGAAGCGAAACAAGCUCGCGAGAAGCGCCUGCAAGACAUGAAGAAGAAACAGGCCGAGGACGCCUGGGGAGGCGACGUGCCAGAUCUUGGAGACGAGAUGAAUGAAGAUGAACAGGCAAAGAACGAGAUCUUGACUCAGAUCGUCGAGGGCUGGGAAAGCAAAAGAGGCAGCGAAGAUGUCCGUAUGCGGACUUCCGCUCUAUCAAUCUUUUCCUCUGCAAUCGAAGUAAACAUCACUGGUGUUGGGUCCGAUUUGGUGUCUAUCGCAGUUGAUCUCUGCAUCAGUGUUCUCACCCUUGAACGGGAAAUGGAGAAGGGAAUCCUUCGAAGAGCAGCUAUCCUCCUGAUCCUAGGAUUCGUCAGAGCCCUGGACGAUGCAAAGCAAACAGGCAGGAGACUUGGUUUCGGCUUGACGGAUCAAAGCCGGGAGGAUAUUAUGAGGACGCUAAAGUACAUUGCCGUCACAGACAACGACGGACUGGUUCAGCAACACGCUCGCGAUGUAAUUGAGAGCAUGGAUAACUGGCAACUUUCCACACUCCUUCCGGCAGAGAGCUCCGUUGCGGAACCAGGCAUCGGUCGCCUGGCAGGCCUGGCAAUUGACCAGGACCGGUCGCUCCCUUCUGUCAACACAAAACGGCCCAGGAUAGAAGAGAUUGAGUGA